AUGGCAAACCCACUUCCCGUGCCAAGCCCAGAUUGGGGAAACGCCAUCGAUCUCCUUGAAGAUGACCUUAGGACAACUGUUGUAUCAAGAGAUGUCCAUGAUGAGGCUGAUUCAAACGACACGUCUGUUCUUAGCGACUCCUCCGACUCAGAGAGUGCCAGGGGUUCUCAGAAUGGCAACGCCACAACUUUGCAGCUCAGGGCAAGUGUGGGUGACAUUCCCGGUCUACGGUACCAAUUGCUGCGUCCUUCCACGACUACAAACGAAGUGCGGUUGGCCCUUCGCACCGCCGCGAGUCACGGGCAGUUUGAGGCAUUGGAAAUUAUGUUGGAGGCGGGCGCAAAAUAUCUCAAUCUCGAAAAAGGUCUGAGUGACGUGCUCAUAGCAGCGGCAAGGAAUGGACACGUCGAAUUUGUUCGGAGAUCGUACCAGGCCAUCAAAGAACGCGAGACUGAAAGUUAUCAUAAGAUGUGGGCUGCGAGUCUCCAGGCUGCGAUACCGAGGAGACACCGGACAACUAUCUUGACUCUACUGAAAUUCCACCCUGAGCCAUCUCGCCACCUUGUGGCUUCCAUUCUUCCCGUUAUCGAAAGCGCAGCGACAAAGAGACACUUUGCGGCUGCGACUCUCCUUUGUGACUGGCUUCUGCAUUGUUCUGACGGGGAGAACCAAGAUACCGAGAGACAGCGACUUGCAAUUCAUGGAACGUCUGUUGCUGAUCCAUCGCUUCUGGACUUAUGUCUCGAAUUGCAGAAUGAGCACCCCAGUAAUGGUGUUGAAGGUGCUAAUAAUGAGAUAGAAGAUGGUGAUAAAACCGAGCUAGACUCGGAUCUUGAUGGCGACGAGCUAGAUGGUAUCAAAAUACUCCUCAGUCGCCUCCUUACGGUGGCAUUGCAAUCACGCCACAGCAACUUGAUAAACAGUUUACUUGUGAUAAUUGAGGCGCAGGGCUGCAAUACACAUGUAAUCAUGCCUUCUUUCGCUGUUUGCUGCAGGUCGGGACUUCGCAUGGUCAGAUGUCUUCUUACACGAAGAGAGGGAAAACUCACUCUCAGCGCGCGGCAGCUUGCUAUUGGUAGCUACACGGCGGCCAUUUUUGGACGUCGUAGAGUUCUUCACAAGUUGCUAAAUGAGCAGCUAGACCGGGGACAGUCCCUUCACAGUACUAGCUUCAUCGAAAACGCCCUCGUCGGCGCCGCAAGUCAUGGACAUACCGAAAUCGUGAAGACUUUGAUCAAUACUCCGCGCUUCAAGGACCACAUCUCCGAUGCAGUUAUGAAUAUCGCGAUGAUCGUCGCCACGGAAGUUGGACAUCUUGAGGUUGUUCGUUUGUGCCUCCAGGAGGGAGCAGAUGCCCUAGCCACAGUACAAAGAAGAGCUCUAGUCGGGCAUCUUGACCCGGAUGGCGGACUUGCCAUUGAGAUACCGGACAAGGACUUCUCAGAUAUGUACCCCAGUGGUUUUCGAACGUGGCGCCCAAGGAACACCCAACUAGGUGCUCAGGAGCUAAGCCGCAGAAGUCUGGCGGUUUUCCCCCCAAUUGUGUGGCAGUCACUAGUUAAUAGUCUCUCCUCCAAGGCCACGACCGCGCUUCAGGCGGCACUAUUGGGUUUCCAUCGGGUGCGCUACGCCGAGGCAACGCCGGGUUUUGAUACCAGCGAUGCAGUCAGCGAGAAAGAGCGUCGCCAGGAAGCGCUGGUUUCCCUAAUAUUUGACCAAGGUUGUGAGCCAAGCAAUCCAGAUGGAUCAGGUGAAAGUUCCCUCGAGAUUGCAGUGAAGUGGGGCAAUGACAGGGUGAUCGAGCGAAUCCUUCAGAAAAUGGUCUUUGACAAUGAUGAUGAAAAAUACAUUGAUUCAAAUGACGAAAGCAACGCGAAUCAGAAGUCCAACAGGCGGAAAUUGGUUAUGUUGGCAACCAAGAGAGACUCUGCCGUUGCAUUUCGUGUGCUGUUGAAGCUUUUGCAGGCUGGCACGGGAGUUCCAGUGACGCGCGAUGGAGUCUUGAUCCCCGAAAUACUGACCACAUUGGAAAGGUCGUUGCGUCUCAUGGAGCGGCCCGAUAGAACACAGGUGUGGGACCUGAUGUUUUCCGAGAGACAUUCUUACACCGCAGACCAGGCGCGCCGAUUCAUGAACAGUGGCAUUCGAACGCUUAUAGAAUUACUCUUUUCCCGACUUCCUUGCCAACGAGCAACUGAGGACGUAUUUCACCAGUUCCUUGCUAUUGCAGCAACCGCAGGGGACGCUCAAAUUGUCAAGCUAUUAAUUGAGAAGGGGGUCUGCGAGCAGACUGACUCGAUGCCAUCUAUCGAGGGGACCGCCGCCCUAGGUGGUGCAGCACAGUACGGCCAUAUCCAGGUUAUGGAGGCUCUUCUGGCCUCAGGGGAAAACCCCAACGGUGACAUUCAACGCAAUGAUAUGCAGUGCCCAUUAUCAAGAGCCAUUCACGGAGGUCAUCUCGCAGCAGUCCAGCUGCUGAUAGAGCGAGGAGCCCAGUUGAAUCGUUCGAGCGGCAACUCUUUUCUUUCCCUAGCGUUAGAUUUUAAAAGGCGUGAUGUUUUUGAAUGCUUGCUCGCGGCCGAAAGGCCAAAACCUCCAGACCCGUCCGUUCUGGUCACCGCUUGUGCAGAUGGAAACGCAGAUCUUGUGUCCAGAUUGAUAGUGGCAGGAGCCCGUGUCAAUGUUACAGCAAAGGAGUCCCUGGUCCACAGCGGCCGAAGCACCGAUACCCCGCUAAGUGUGUCAUGUCGCAAUGGGCAUAUUGAAAUUGCCCAGCUGUUACUAGAUCACGGCGCAGAUGUGAACAUGAACAGUGGCGGUAUGUUGGGCAUUCCUCUCGUUGCUGCUGCAAGUCGUGGACAUCUGAAUAUUGUGCGGUUAUUGCUUGAGAAUGGCGCAGAUCCAAAUCGACAAUCACAAAAGCCAUCGGCGCGGAAAGUGCAAUUUGCUUCCCAUCCAAUAUCUCCUGGUGACAACGAUUCCGAGUCGCCAGCAUCCCCCACGGCUCUCAGCGAAGCUUGCAAGAAUGGAUUCCCAGUUAUAGUGGAAAUACUACUCUUGCAUGGGGCAGCGCUACCUGACGUGUCUGUAUUCGGUAUACCCAACGCUAUCGUCAGUACAUUUGCGGAUAAUUGGUCAUUGUCGAAGUUGAAGGUUCUUGAUAUUCUCCUUAAAUCAUCAUCAAGACAGGACAGCAGGAGCAGGGCCUUCGUUGAAGGCCUAGUGGAAGCUGCAUUGAUAGGGAAUUGUUCUGCAUUUGAGUGUAUUCUCAAAUACGUUGUUGUGCUGGAGCCCUACACGCUCGUUCUCGCAUGUGUUUGUGGUUCUUUACCCUCCGUGCGCCAAUGCCUCGACCAAGGCAUCGACCCUGGGGUGGGAGACACCUACGGAAGUAUGCCCCUCCACUCCGCAGCCGAUCACAUGAAUGUUGAAGUCGUUCAGCAUCUUCUAGCUCACGGAGCUGAUGUGAACCAGCUUAAUGAAGACAAUCACACGCCACUCCUUGCCGUGCUGUGUGGAUUUCAGGGUGCAUUAACCGGUGACCACGAGGCCCAUAUUGCCGAAAGAUCCACAAUAAUCUGUGACAUGGAGAGUAUAGUGAGGUGCCUUUUGGAAGCCGGUGCAAGGACAGAUAUAGGAGAUAGUGAGUUCGGUCAGGCAAUACACGUUGCCUCCUUCACCGGGCUUGUUGAUGUGGUUCGUCUUCUUCUGGAUCAAGGCGCCAUCGUCGACUCCCCGACUCCAUACUUUGGGACCCCCUUAUUCGCAGCCAUAGAUGGUGAUCAACCUGGGGUCCUCAGCAUCUUAAUGGAGAGGGGGGCAGAUCCACAUCAUCCCAGAAUGCUCCUGACGAGUGAUGGAAAGCCUCGAUAUGAUACCCCUUCUGCUGCUAACAACGAUGCACCUCUCCAGACGCCCCUUGAAGCGACGAUUGGGAAGCCCGGUCCGAUGCUUCUGCGAACAUUCCUCAAUGCGGUGCAAGACAUCGCGAUUACAGAGAGAGCGUUAGUAGUAGCCGCCAAUGCUGGGUAUAGGACCCAUUUUUGGGCCCAGGAGCAAGAGAUCUGCGAUUUUCAAAUUCUUUUGGAGUUUGAUAAAUCUUUGAUGAUGUCGGAUCAUUUUCUCGAUAUUUUGACCGCCGGGGAGCUAGACUGCAACCAUGGCUUCUUUGACCUCAUUGUCGAACGAAGUCACGAUCCUGUGGCAGCCAGGGAACUUCUGCAGGCGGCCAAGGCACGUCCCAGCAUACCUAUGCUACUAUCUGAGAAUAGAUCGAGCCGUUGA